AUGAGGGCUUUUAUCGCAAUUCUUUUCAUAACUGCAUCGGUUCUGGCGGAACCGAGCAAGGUUGUCCAAAAACGUAGCGGACUUGUUGGUCAUUAUGGCGGAGCUAUCAUAUCUAGUGGCGGAUACGGAGGCUAUGGUGGAUAUGGCUAUGGCGGAUAUGGGGGAUACGGUCUUGGCUCCGGGAUUGGCUCUGGGGCUAUCGUGAGCGGUGUUGGAAUCGGAUCAGGCAUUGGUUUAUCCUCUGGUGCAAUCGUUGGUGCUGAUGUCCACACAACCGUCACAAAACACGUCGGAGUCCCUGUUCCAGCCCCAUAUCCAGUAGCCGUUGACAGACCAGUGCCUUACCCCGUUAAGGUUGGAGUGCCAGUGCCAGUAGACAGGCCCUACGCAGUGCCCGUCCCAAGACCGUACCCAGUGGCUGUUGAGAAGGCCGUGCCAGUGCCAGUAGACCGCCCCGUGCCAGUGCCAGUACCUCACGCAGUCCCCGUGCCAAUCGUCAAACAAGUGGGAUACCCUGUUCCCCAACCAUACCCAGUACCUGUUGCUAGGCCAGUGGCUGUUCCAGUUCCACAACCCGUAGGAGUUCCAGUAGCUGUGGCUGGCAUUCGUUCUGGUAUCGGAGCUAUUGGCAUUGGCGGAGGUUAUGGCGGAAUUGGCGGCGGCAUCUAUGGCGGUAGCGGCUACAGCAGCGGCAUCUAUGGCGGUGGCCUUUAUGGCGGUGGCAUCCACGGCCACGGUCACGGUAAAAUCUGGUAG